AGCUUCAUUGAAAUCAGCUGGAAAAGAGAACCAAGAAAAGGGUCUUCAAACAGCAGCUUCUUUUUCUUGCAGCAGUCACCACCCUGUGACUCCAGCAUUGAUUGCUGCAUUACCAGUGCCCGGCAUGGCAGGCUGCAAAGCCUGGUGAAGCAAAUCCCUCCUCCUUCCCUGCCUGGCUGAGGUGUUGCCUGUGCUUAGCAACUUCCAUCAGGGCACCGCGGCAUGCAUGUGCAAUCACAGUGGAGAGGCUGAAGGGGAGAGCUAUACCUUUAACAAAAAGGGGAUGCAAAUUUCUCCACUGCAAUCUUUCCUAGUAGCUUCAGAGAGGCAAAUCUCCGUGCAGAGGCUGGUGCUUUAGUACAUGAGAGCAGAGUUAUGUGCAUUGCACAAACUGUCGUCUCAACUUUGUAAAGGACUUUUUUAUUUUUUUGUUAUACCUGGACUUUAUAAGAGAGAAGAGCAUUUCUACCCUUUUGAACCAUGAGCGGUUGUUCAAAGAGAUGCAAGCAUGGGAUUGUCAAAUUUGCCCAGACUAUUUUUAAUCUCAUCACAGGCACUCUCAGCAAAGAUAAGAUUGAAGAUGAAUUAGAAAUGACUACAGUGUGCCACAGGCCCGAAGGACUGGAACAGCUGGAAGCACAAACCAAUUUCACCAAAAGAGAACUUCAAGUGCUUUACAGAGGAUUUAAAAAUGAAUGUCCUAGUGGGGUUGUUAAUGAAGAAACAUUCAAACAGAUCUAUGCACAGUUUUUUCCUCAUGGAGAUGCUAGCAUGUAUGCACAUUAUCUCUUUAACGCAUUUGACACUGCACAAAAUGGCUCAGUGAAGUUUGAGGAUUUUGUGAUGGCAUUGUCCAUUCUGUUGCGGGGAACUGUUCACGAAAAGCUGAGAUGGACGUUUAAUCUGUAUGACAUAAAUAAGGAUGGCUAUAUAAACAAGGAGGAAAUGAUGGAUAUCGUAAAGGCAAUUUAUGAUAUGAUGGGAAAGUACACGUAUCCAGUGCUCAAGGAAGAUGCACCAAGGCAGCAUGUAGAAGUAUUCUUCCAGAAAAUGGAUAAAAACAAAGAUGGUGUUGUAACUUUAGAUGAGUUUAUUGAAUCGUGUCAAGAGGACGACAAUAUCAUGCGAUCCUUACAGCUCUUUGAGAACGUGAUGUAACCAUGUCUGGCAAGCGCUGGAGGAGUCAGAGACUUUCUGUGUAACAAAGAUCUCCUUUCUGGGUGAAAGCUUUUUACAAUUCAGCCAUGUUCAGUGUGCGAGGAUUUUGUAUGACAUCUUCAACCAAAUGGCAACCGAAUGCAGCCGAUCCCACCUCCUCUCCCCACGAGUCGUCGGUGGACCUUUGUUUCGUUUUGGAAGCAUGUGAAUACUUUAAAAAAUCCUGACGAGAG